GUCUCAUUGGCUCUUCGGAAGAAGUCUUCGAAGGAUUUCUUGGAACGAAGUACCCCGAAGUUCACCAAAAAGUUCGCACUAAAUCCUUCAUAGGGCGUGGAACGCCGGCAGCGCACGGCAGUUUGGCAAAAUCGUUGGGCCGCGUACAGUUCAUCUUGACGAACACGUCAGUUGACCGAGUCGUCGUCGUCUCCAAAGCUUGGAGCAUCGAAACCCCUCCUCUGCUCUCCUUCAGUGUUCUGACCAUUUAUUUCCAUCCCUCGAGCUCUCAUCUCUUCGCCUCCACCUCUCCUCCUCUUUGCUUCCAUUUCCAGUUCUCCAUAGAAUUCCUUCUCUCUCCGUCCUCUCGGCCGGUGGAAGAUGGCGUUCUCGUCGCAGGAGAAUCUGGAGAAGAUGCAGCUGCGGCAGAACUACCGCAAUCUUUGGCACACCGAUCUCAUCAGCACCGUGCGGGCGGACUUCCCUUUUUGCUGCUUGGCUCUGUGGUGUGCACCAUGUGUGUCAUACAUGCUCCGCAAAAGGGCCCUUUAUAACGACAUGUCAAGGUAUGUCUGCUGUGCUGGUUAUCUACCAUGUAGUGGCAAAUGUGGAGAAAGUCGAUGCCCAGAGUUUUGUCUUUGUACUGAGGUUUUUCUCUGCUUUGGUAAUUCAGUUGCCUCAACCCGCUUCUUGCUGCAAGAUGAAUUCAAUAUCCAGACAACCCAAUGUGACAACUGCAUUAUUGCUUUCAUGUUCUUCCUCCAACAAAUUGCAUGUAUAUUUUCCAUCAUUGCAAUGAUUGUUGGAAGCGAUGAGCUUCAAGAAGCAUCGCAGAUACUGUCCUGUUUUGCUGACAUGGUUUACUGCUCGGUCUGCGCAUGCAUGCAGACACAGCAUAAGAUUGAAAUGGACAAGAGGGAUGGAAAGUUUGGACCAGCACCAAUUAUGGCUGUACCUCCAUUUCAGCAGAUGUCGCGAAUAGAGCAGCCCAUUCCGCCGUCCAUUGGAUAUCCACCCCAACAAGCAUAUGGGCAACCAUAUGGAUAUCCACCUCCCCCUCAGGGCUAUGGCUACCCACCUGCUGGAUACCCUCCGCCUGCUUACCGCUAGGCUCUGUACCUGUCGCCUGGUUAUCCUCUUGCUGUCUUUACCAAGUAGAUAUGAAUGCGUUUGCUCAAAGUUUAAGAUGACUUUGAUGUUCUUCUCUGAAAGAACUUAUUUGUUUGCUGAAGUAUAUGAGGGUGCAUCUAUAGAAGUCAUUUUUUGUUCAUCUAGGAUUUCAAAAAUGCCAGGUUUCUGGUUUGUAGUUUUGUGAAAGUCUGAAAAAUAGAUGAUGUGUGUAUGUUGGUGAUUGGGUGACAUUUUCAUCUGGACUGCUUUUCUUGUAAUGUGUCUUGCUUGCAAUGGUAUUUGUCUUCCCCACUUUCCAUA